AUGCCCGACACGAAGAAUCUCCCACCUCGCAAUCAGCACGUAUGGAAAUUUUCCCACUCCGCUCCAGAUACUCUGGCGGCGACCCUCGCUUUGUUGCCAGGGUUUGCUUCUCUCUACUCUUACACGUUCGACCUCACUAUGUACGUAGCCGGCAGGUCUGCAACCUGCGCCGCCCAACUCCUCUUUAGCCUCUUCGUUACCAACAGCGCGCUCCCCACGACUUCUCCGGUCUCCGGACCGACUACAGAUUUCCCCAUAAAUGCAACGCUGAGUCUCAACAAUGAGACCUCUCUCCGUUUACCUAACGGUAUCCCAUGGUCACCAGAAAUCUCACCCUCGCAAGCUUCCGUUCCCUACCCGGUUCCUGACACCGCCAUGACUCUAGAAUUUACCCAUCUCGGCGCCCGAAUCCCAGUUGUCCGAGCACUCUCCACCAUCUACGACGCCCGUCAACAGGUCCUGUCCCAUCUAGCAUCCAACAUCGAAGACGCAACAAAGAACCAUAUAUUCGGAUACAGCACGCGCUCAGCCACCCCUACGCCCCGCGUGUGUUCGGUCGUCGUACAGGCUUCCGGAAGUCUUGGGCUAUCCUGGUUACAACUCGAUCAGAUACUGCAAGGACUGACGCAAUUCAGCAGCGGGGCCGGACCCGACCACCGAGUGCAUUAUCAGACCCUGGAAUUCGAAGUCAACCUGGCAGACGAGGGAAGGAUAGGCACCGGGCUUCUGUGGAGCACUCCAGGUCGAGGUCGGGGCGCGGCCGAGAUACAGGAGCGGGCGGAAACCCCUCUCGCGGGUCGAGCGCCGGACGAGAGAUCGAAUCCGGCGUCCGGGCUCGCCAACGAGACAUCCUCCAAUGCGUCCGAUGCGGGCAGUCCGCCCUCGAGAUCCGCAGCCAACAUCUCCUUUCCCGUCCCCGGCACCGACUUCAUUUUGGAGUUUAUCUGGUUCGGCGAUCCGAUUCCCAGCAAUUUGGUCAACGAGGCCCUGAACGGUGCAUCCCUGAAGAUCGCGCCCUUCCUCCACAAAUCCGGUAGCGAAUGGAUCCCCGCACGACGAAUUCUUCUACUGGACCCCAACGGGCAAAAUCCGGGUGUCGAUCCAGAUAUACGGCAUGAGCAAGAUGAGCUGGUCGCAGGUCGAUUCGGUGGUGGCGGGCUUGUUCCGCUUUGCGAACGGGAUCGGGACGGUUCAUGA